AUGAGCCUAACAGUGGACUUACAAGGAGGAAAAGCUUUCGGACAGUUGAAAGCCCAACAGGAAGAACGGCUGGAAGAAAUCAACAAGCAAUUCCUGGAGGAUCCCAAAUACAGCAGUGAUGAGGACCUGCCCUGCAAACUGGAAACGUUCAAGAAGAAAUACAUGGAAUUCGACCUGAAUGGAAAUGGAGAUAUCGACAUUAUGUCUCUGAAGCGAAUGAUGGAAAAACUUGGGGUUCCCAAGACCCAUCUGGAACUAAAGAAAUUAAUCCAGGAGGUGUCCAGUGGUUCUGGAGAGACAUUCAGUUACCAUGACUUCCUCAGGAUGAUGCUAGGCAAGAGAUCUGCCAUCCUAAAAAUGAUCCUGAUGUAUGAAGAAAAAGCAAGAGAACAGGAGAAGCCAACUGGUCUUCCACCCAAGAAAGCUAUCUCUGAGCUGCCCUGA